AUAUUAUUUUAGCAAAUGAGAAAUGCUCACUUACAGGGAUGUAAACAAAUUGGAGCACAACAUUUGAGAGAAAAAAAGCAACGCUUGUAUUUGUUGGGGACACGAGGAAACAAGUCGCCUAAUUGGUUUAAUAGCCUACUAUCGAUGUGCCAUACGUAUUUUGUCCGCAACCGCUACCACAAAAAGGUGAACUGAACAACACGCUUCAUGAGUCCUGAAAGCUCCGCUUUCAUUCGGACGCUUUUGAAGUCUGUUUAGAGAUGACAACGCCGCUUUUUAACUGCGCAAUCAUGUGGCAUUCUGCUUGAAAUGGUAUUUUAUUGUAUGAAGUAUUGGAUAUAAUUUUUUUACGGAAUAUAGCCUACGCAUCUUGUGUGAGAUGAAAACAGUUCCAGAGAGCGAAAUACGUUCAUUGGUUUUGGUCACAAUACGAAGAAAACGAUGUCGCAUUAUUUUAAGGAUCUUCAUCGUUUGGAAAUCUCUUUUUGAAUGGGACGCUUAAGAGUGGCUCAUAAGAUGUUUGCAACUUCUUCACCAACAACCUGAGACUCAGCCCUCAAACAGUAGAAUGUGUCCCGUUGUGCCACGACCACUGUGCGUGUCUAUUGAUGGGCACUUACAUGGCUUUAGGGUUACCUUGGCAUUCCUCCUGUCCAUGUGUCUGUCCCGUAUGACGUUCACGGCCGCCUGCCCACCACCCUGCCUGUGUGCCAGCGACAUCGUCUCCUGCAGUGGUCGCAAUCUGUCAACCGUUCCCCCUGACCUCCCUGGCUAUGUCACCCGAUUGGACCUCGGCCACAAUGUCCUCACUGCUCUGCUCUUGGAUUGGUCAGACCGGCGUCUGGACAGGCUGACCGUACUGGUCCUCAGCCAAAAUGCCAUUAUCCAUCUGGCACCGGAUGCCUUUGCCCCCACCCCUCACCUUCGCCACCUGGACCUCUCGUCCAAUGGACUGUCUCGGCUCAAUGCAUCUGCCUUCCAUGGGCUUGGGGAACUGGAAGUGCUGCUUCUGUUUGGAAACCGCAUCUGUCAGACCAUGGCGGGAGCCUUCGAGGGGCUGAGCAGCCUGGAAAGGCUGUAUCUGGGCGGGAACAGACUGACUGCCUUCCCCCUGGAGCUCUACCAGCGAAAUGGGGCUCUGCCACGCCUGCGUUUCCUGGAUCUGUCGACGAACAUGGUGAGGCAGGUGCCCGUGCAGAGCCUACUCUCUCUGGCCACCUGGCAGCAGGGUGGCAUCUACUUGCAGGGUAACCCGUUGGUGUGUGACUGUGCCUUGCGCGCCAUGCUGGAGUACUGGGAGAGGAGGCAGUACUGUCCCCUACUAGACUUCAGGGAGGAGUAUCCAUGCAGUCUCAGUCAGGAGGAGUGGCUGAAUUGUUCUGGCAACCCUCAGGGUGGGUUCCAUGGAACUGUAGAAGUGUCUUACCAGGCAGAGCCUGGCGAUUGGCUUAUGGUGCCGUGCCCUGGCAUUUCUCUCCCCUUCCAGGAAGAGGUGGUUGUGUUCUGGGUGACCCCGGGCGAUGGAUCCCCGGCACUGGGCGUAACAGACGAUCAGAGCAGCCGCCUCACGGUCCUCGCCAAUGGUACGCUGGAGAUCCGAGGGGCUCUCCGUGGGGAUUCAGGGACUUACUCAUGCGUGGCAGUCCGUGGUCGACACCGGAGCUCCAAUGAGACUUUGGAGGUCACCAUCUCUGUAGGUAACCCCAGCGGACCAGGCAAGAGCGGGGAGGUACGUAGCAGCGGCGGGGAGCAUUUUAACACGGCAUUUACCACGCUGGCGUCCUGUGUGGUCAGCAUCGUCCUGGUGCUCCUCUACCUGUACCUCACUCCCUGCCGUUGCCAUGGUGGAAAUGCCAGGGGAGUUGGUGGGUGCGGCGGGCGAGCCAUGCUCCUCUGUGCAGACCCCAGAGAGGCGGAGCUCGCAGACCGAAGGGUCACCGGUGGAAAGAGGGUGGCCUUCCUCGAAACGGGGGGCGAGCACCCCCACAAAUGCAGUGCCAAGCACCCAGUAAUGGACACUGCAGCCACAGAUGGCAUAUUGAAGAACGGAAGCAGGGCCUUGGAGCAGGUCCACGAAGAACACCUUGUGUAGCAUUCAGGGUCUGUCCUUAAAGCCCCACCGGGCUUUCAUGGUUCUCAAAAUGUAAAAUAUUGAAACCUCGCUUCGAGAAUCCAUACAUGAAAGUAGUUUUAACACCCUUUAUUUCACAACAGUGAUCAGACUGCUGUUUUAUGUUAUCCCUACUGUGUGGACAGAUAUGGAAACAGUAGUUGGUUUCUUUGUCAAAGUUUUAUACACAUGAACUUGCAGAUAAAGAAAUGGUUCCAAACAAAAUACAUUCUGUGGAACACCAGUGUGAAAUUCAUUAUGUAGGCAUUCAUGGAUCUAUAAUGUUAUUUCAGGAUACACAUGGUAUACACUGUCCAUCUAAAUAAUUACUUGCAGGUUCCUAGUCUGUCAUAAGGUGCCAUGCGCUAUUAUGAAUGAUCAUAACAGGGCGAACACUGUAAAUGUAUUCUUAAUGUAUUAUAUGCAGGUUGAAUGGAUGCAUUCAGACAACGAUGUCAGUCGACCCUGAUCAGUGUCUGGGGACUAGCCAGCUCUAGCCCCAAGCCUCCCAUGACCUACAUACUAUUGUUGUUCUCAGUUAUUUUUGCAGGUGUGACCGUGAAUAGAGUUUUUCAAGGUGAGGAAGGGACUGAUAUGUUACUGCUGGUAUUAAUAUAUUGAACUAACUUGGAAAUCGACAUUCAUUUAGAAUAACUAAAUUCCAUUGUCUCAAUGUUGUCUUCAUUUAAGUAUAUAUGCAUUUCAGAUGAGUAGGCUUUUUUUUAUCUGACAAUGAUCUCAAAACGGUGCAAGAGACCUGCUUUUAUACACCAUUUUAGACACCAUUUUAAAAGAAAGAAAUCACUUAAUUUUAUAUUAGCGUUAGGCCGUAAUGGAAUAAAGCAUUUUCACGUCCUCAGA